AUCCAGAGAGAGAGAGAGAGAGAGAGAGAGAAAGAGAGAGAGCGAGGGGCGCAAGGCUACAUUGCAAGCUCUUUGCAAAAAUGGGGGACGACCGACCUUUUGUGUGCAGUGCUCCUGGCUGUGGACAGAGGUUUACCAAUGAAGACCACUUGGCCGUACACAAACACAAACACGAGAUGACACUGAAAUUUGGACCACCCAGGACCGACUCUGUCAUUAUAGCAGACCAGACACCUACUCCCACUCGCUUCCUAAAGAACUGUGAGGAGGUUGGUCUGUUCAACGAGCUGGCCAACUCCUUCGAUCAAGAAGAGGAGGAAAAGAGGGCCAAAAACUCUCUGGCUGCUGCCAACUCUGGGGCUUUGGACAUGACCGUGCAGACAUCAUCAGAAGUGAAGGUGAAAGAGGAGGAACCUGUAGAGGUCGACUCAUCGCCACCAGACAGCCCCGACUCUUUCUCUGGACAGUCUGACAGCAGCAGAGAGUAUCUGGUUAAAGGAAAGGACACCCCCCCCAGGAGUUCAGCCCCCACCCCUACUAUUGUGCGUCCAGGUUCCCUCCCAUUACACCUUGGCUUUGAUGCCCUCCAGCCCACAAUGCCAUCACCGACCUCUGUUAUCACACAGACACCACCCUCCAAUCGUACUCUGGGAAUGGAGAGAGGGUGGGACAGAGAUGGAGGCUUACAUCUCUACAGAGAAGCAACGGCACAAAGACUAAGUUCGCCAACCAGCCACUACCCCAUGAUGAUGCUUCCCUCUGGCCAGGCAGUGCCUUUGCUCCCUGGUCCUGUACAGAUACCCUCUGUCAUUAAUCUGGCCCGACCCUUGUGCAUGGUACCCAACAUUCCUGGGAUCCCUGGUCCUCCUCUGGGAGGCAGCAGCAGCGGCUCUAACUCCCCCUCUGGCUACAACAUCCACUCAGAGGCCAAGAUGCGUCUGAAGGCUGCUCUGUCCCAGCAUAGCCCGUCAGGACAGAGUAUGGGGAUGUUUUCCAUGGGCGGCAGCCCCAUGGUGCCUCAGAGGGCAGAGCAGAGCCAGCUGCUCGUCCAGCAGCCAGAUGCUCCAUCACCUGCACAACCACAGGUAUCACCCGCACAGCCUACAGGUGGGCGGCGGCGGCGGACGGUAGACGAUGACCCAGAUGAUCGAAGGCAGCGCUUCCUCGAGAGGAAUCGGGCCGCCGCUUCGCGCUGCAGACAGAAACGCAAACUGUGGGUCAGCUCCCUCGAGAAGAAGGCUGAGGAGCUCAACAACAUGAACGUCUCACUGGCGAAUGAAGUGUCUCUGUUGCGGAACGAGGUGGCUCAUUUGAAGCAGCUGCUGCUGGCUCACAAGGACUGUCCUGUUACCAACCUACAAAAGAAGACUGCCUACCUAAUGGCAGAGGAGAGCAUGAAAGACAGCUCAGAGCCCACAGGUUCUCCCGCCCCGGUGAUCCAGCACAGCUCCUUGGCGCCCAGCCACUCUGCAGGGCACAACGGCCUCAGCUCAAGGGCAGCGGCAGAGGCCAUGGCGAUGUCUGUGCUGGCAGGAAUGGGCCAGCAUCAGAGGGCGGAGAGUGGACCCUCUCAUAUUAUCAUGGCAUCAGCACAGUCUCAAUCUGCUGCCAGAUGAUGAGCGAUGCCACCAUGGCCAAGACUUGGCUCACCACGAGGGGAAAUAAGAGCAGAGGACACCCCCCUCCCCUCCCAUCUUCCUCAAUCUAGAAAUCCAAAUAUCUCAUAUUUUGCCCCGCCCCCUUUUCCUCUGCUCUCUCCGACCCUCCUGUGGAGCCAUCAUGCUGUGGCCUGGAGCUCAGCAGCAGCCUUCUGGGAACGGACUAAGACUUUUGAGAGAGCUUCCUGUUCACUUUGCCACAGACUACAGGGGCUGGACUCCAACCUCCACCACCCCCGCCCAACCAACCCUCGUUUCCCUUAAUGCCUUCCUUCUCAUCCCGCCUCACUCUCAGUCAAAAUGAGUCUCCACUGGACUGUCGGACUGCAUCACUCUUGAGUGGACUGUCAUAUCGAACUCCCCCCCAUUGACACGUACCACGAAUGUGCAUAGCUUGAAACACACACGUGUUGCAUAAACGCUCAUGAUCAAAUCAGACACCCAACAACACACACAACUUCACACUGUUUAGGGAAUAGUGCCUUUUACUCCUCGACUUUUUAGCCAUAUACACCCACACAAGCCAUCACUGCAUACGUCCAAAUAUAUCCCCAACUCCAAAGACACAGCAGCUGUCUAGACUUCCGUGACUUGGAUCUCAAAUGUUCACGUAAACCUUUUUGUAAAUGGUUCCACCUUAAGGCGAUCUCAACAUGGACCCAAAAUCUUACCUCAGUUACUCCCCUCUACGAUAGAAUUUAUAAACUGUGUGUGUGAUUGGCUCUGUGUGUAUGUAUUUAUGUACAUCAGAACAUAGCAGUUUGCCUACUCCUGAUCUAAUACAUUAAUAUUUAGAUUGUUAGCAUGUGACUUUUUUAUUAGGGUGUUCUUAUCUUGAUACAGUAUGUGCAGCUAUAUUUUUUUUAACUAAUUAGCACAUCCUCCCAGAUUAGCUCACCCAACCAAAAUACAUUGAACUACCCAAAUCAGUUUAGGGCCCUGAAAUAAUUUGGUUUGAGCAAUAAUUUUUCUGAACUGAAGGGAAUUUCACCUCUCCUCUCCUCUCCUUCUCCGAUUUCCUCUAAAAAAGGCAGUUUUACUGUUUAGUGGCUUGUAAGUGGAUGCCUUUUUUUCAUUUUCAUCUGAAACUUUUCUAGUGACUGUGUUUCUCAGUGUGGGCCCUGGACUUACUGUAACUGUUAUUUUCACACUUCUCAGGAUGGUUGCACAUCCUUGGUGCUCGCUGGAGGUGCAAUGAACCCCUUAUUGUCUUUAGCUCUUUACCAAACCUCAAGUAAGCCAUAAAAAAAAUCCGAUCUCUGAAUCUCCAAAGACCACCAGGUACUUGUCCUAGGGCGGGCGGUAAAAAGCUGGACUGUUAUUUUGCGAUUCAGAGGUCACAGUGACACAAUCAACAGUUUAUCACUGCUUGUUAUUUGCACUUACUCACAAUGUCACACACAAUUUCUGGUCAUUUUGCCUUAAGAUCACAUCUGUGCCUCAGAUAUCCCCUCCUUAGAACCUUAGCAAAAAUAAAUCCCCCCAAUUGUUAAUUUCAUCCAAUGAAAAAACAAUGUAUCAACCUAUCAUUGAAAGAUUCCUUUUGAACCUCUAAAAAUGAAAAAAUAUACUUUUGUGUCAUCUGGUGGUGGGACACAGCAAAGACUUCUUCACUGGUAAAAGCUUUGAGGGAGGAAAACGUCUUGUGACUUGUCUCCGAAUGACUUCAUUUUUUUAGAAAUCCCACAAAGAUAUUUUACCCAGAUAUCAAUAUAUUUUUUCCAUGAACACCUAUACGAGCGGUUUUCUUUUCUUGUUUAUUUUUCCUGUAUAUUCUUGUCCCUCUUCUGUCUGAUGUGAUCGUGUAUUUGCAAGAUGUGAUUUUUCAAAGACAAGAUAUCUGUCCAUUAACAUGAGGGCAUGUCUUUAUGCACUAAAAUAAUGCAAGUUUAUUAUUGCUUUGUAUUUCUGUUCAUUUAAGUAUUUGCAAUUCUCUUGGUCUGUGUUUUCAGAUGAUAUUUUUCUUUCUCUCCUCUGUACUGUAUAAAUGAAUGGGAAUUUGCUCAGAAACUUUAAUACUUUAAACCUUUGACUGAACCUUUUGUCCUGCAGUCCUGACGUCGAGCCCGGCAUUUUGUUGUACUUUGAAGCUGGCGCUAUAUUUGUCUGGCAGUCCCUUCUAGACGAUUGUUCGUAUGAAAUGAAAAUUUAAACUAUAUUUAGCUUUUAUGUUUUCAUGUAAUUCAUGUCAUCGGCACCUUUUUUGUCAUUUCUUUGUUUUCCUCCGUUGUGUUCUAUUUUCAGCUCUAUACAACUCAUCAUAAUGCUUCUGAUUGUACUGAUGAAUAUAGAAACAAAUUUCUAUAACACAGAUUUGUUUUUUUGUUUUCCCCAAAGAAACGAAACGUCAUUAGUCCUUUUUCAAAGAGAUUUUAUCCCCAUUGUUUUAUCCUCGCUAAGAUGAAUUUGGUCAUGUUUUUGAUGGUCCUUGUCUAACUUAUUUUUACUUAAUUGGUAAAAUAACUGUAAUCAUCACAGUCUUUGGCAUAUUGAUGUUAACUAGAAUUGUCAUGAGAAGAGCAAUUUAAAUGGAAAUGCAACAUUUUGAAAGUUGCACAUUGUGUUUAAAUGGUUUUUCACACUCCCAUUGUUGGACUGAUGUUUUCAGAAAUUGUCCUAUUGUACAUAUCUGUACUAUAUGAAUAUAUUAACUUUUCCAUGCAUGUCCAAGUGGAAUACUAUGAACACUUACGUACAGUGCUGCAGUUUUAAUUAAAGAAACUACAUCUUAAUGAAUAUCAAA